CCUCCCCUCCUUCCUGCAUCAUAGCCCGCCGUUACUCCCUGACUUGUUGGAAAUGCUGGAAGAUCUUAAAUCUCUCUGAUAGCUUACUGGCUGUAAAAUCGGUGUGGAAUCAUCCAAAGAAAAGUGAAACCGCACCAGGGAAAUACUCAAAUAAUAGACAGAGGAUUGGAUUGUUGUGCAUUACCAGUUUACUUGAAGGUUGUGUUGUGGCAGGACAUUCCCUGGCUAGGGCACAAGCUGCCAUGCCAUUUGGUUGUCUGACCCUCGGGGUGAAGAAGGAUUACAACAGCCCCUCAGAGGUGACCGAUAAAUAUGACCUUGGACAAAUUGUUAAAUCAGAGGAGUUUUGUGAGAUAUUCCGAGCGAAGGAUAGGAACACCUUGAAAAUGUACACCUGUAAAAAGUUCCAUAAGAAGGAUGGAAGGAAAGUGAGGAAAGCUGCCAAGAAUGAGAUCAUGAUCUUAAAAAUGGUCAAACAUCAUAACAUCCUCCAGCUGGUUGAUGCCUUUGAAACUAAGAAAGAGUACUUCAUUUUUCUGGAGCUCGCCACAGGCAGAGAGGUUUUCGACUGGAUCUUAGAUCAAGGUUACUAUUCGGAGAGGGACACCAGUAAUGUUAUGAGGCAGGUGCUCGAAGCUGUUGCUUACCUGCACUCUCUGAAAAUUGUCCACAGAAACCUGAAGCUGGAGAACUUGGUGUACUUUAAUCGUCUGAAGCACUCCAAAAUUGUUAUCAGUGACUUCCAAUUGGCAAAAUUAGAAAAUGGACUCAUUAAGGAUCCGUGUGGGACUCCAGAAUAUCUUGCUCCUGAGGUGGUUGGGAGGAUGAGAUAUGGGAGACCUGUGGACUGUUGGGCCAUAGGAGUCAUCAUGUAUAUACUUUUAUCUGGGAACCCCCCUUUCUAUGAUGAUGCAGACGAAGAUGACUCUGACAAUCGUGAUAAGAACCUUUUCCUAAAGAUUUUGUCAGGGGACUAUGAAUUCGAUUCACCAUAUUGGGACGACAUUUCAGAUUCUGCCAAAAACUUAGUGGCAUCUCUGAUGGAAGUGGACCAAGAUCAGAGACUGACUGCACAGGAAGCUAUAGCCCAUGAAUGGAUCUCUGGAAAUGCUGCCUCUGACAAGAACAUCAAGGAUGGCGUUUGUGCACAAAUAGAAAAGAAUUUUGCCAAAGCUAAGUGGAAGAAAGCUGUAAGAGUGACUACCCUCAUGAAGAGACUUCGAGCAUCUGAUCAGGGUGAUUCUGGGGCUUCUAGUCUUGCUGCAGGGGGUACAGCUGACCCCAAUACACCCAGUGGCACUCCUGCUCCUUCAGCUGGCGGCGGUGAUGGUGUUGCUGCAAGCAUUAAAGCUGCUCUUAGUGAAAAGGCUCCUGACACACAGACUGCCUCCAUCUCUGCACCCUCACUGCCCAGUGCAGCCAGGCAGGAAGAGCAGCCUCAGGUACGGUGCAAUGGCGAUGUUCCCCAAAUGUUGCCUCAAACAAAGGGGGAUUAGGAGUCAGUCAAAUUCAAGAAGAGGACCCUUGCCAACCAACAAGCACAUGUGCAGUACAGCCAAUACAUUUGGCAUGAUGAUACCGUGUCUGUGCUGUUUGACUGUCCCCCUGUUUCCAGAAUUAUUUCACAACAUUUUUUUUGCCUUGUGUACUGACCAGUCUAUUGAAUAGUGUUCUCCCUUGUUAGUUUGUGUACAAGUCCCUUUAAAGCUAGUUGCAAAGUAGCUCUUCUGUUGUUUCCUUUUCUCUAACAACUGUAAAAACUCAUAGUGUAAUUUUGUGAAAUCAACUCAACUAUAUUCAACAGCUCACUGUAUAUAGAUGUAUUUGUCUGUUUCAACAAGUUGCUAGUUUUCAGCUAAGCUCAUGUCUUGUGACUUAAAAUUACAAGUUGAAGAAUCAAAGAUUCAAGUAAAGUGAAAAUAUAAACAUUUAUUUAAAUAAAGUUACAUUUAUAGGAAUCCUUUAAGUAUUUAAGUAAACUAAUGUCUCAAAUGCUUUAAAUUGUAAUACAGACAGGGAAUUAUAUUACUUGUCAUGUAUAUUUUGAAUGUCUCAAAAGUCAAUUUGUGACUGCAAAAUAAAACUGCAAAUUAUUUUACCCAUGCUGAAGAUUUGAGCACUGUGCUUAAAAUAUUUUAGAAUGAAAGACUAUGAUCAGAUCGUGGUCACCGUUAGUAGCUUUGGUGCAGUGCAACAUCAGACAACUUAGGAUUUUAAGGCAGAACAAGAGCAUAUUUUUAAGUUCAAGUGCCUUAAUAUUUUUUUGCAGUAAUGUGCUGACAACAACUUGAUUGCUUACUGAUUUUACAUAAACGCUUUAGCUGUUUUCUUUGCUCUUCUGUUUAGUCUUAGUGCUGCUGAUUCUCGUGUUCUGUCCUCUUCGCACUUCAUUUAAAACAGAAAACUAGAUUGGGGUGAUGUUUUAGCUGUUGUUGUGGUGUCACAUAUAAUUAGUGAAUUCAUAGUUUAUAGCUGAGUCCAUAUACUGUUUCACUAUGUAUAUUUGCCUUGUAUAUGUGUAUUUUUUAAAUUUAUAUGUGUAUUUAGCAACACGUAGCUGAGCUAAUGGGUUGCUACAAUGCUUGUGAAUGAAUAAAAUGUGCAAUGCUAA